AUGGAUUCUCUCGUUGGGUACGGAAGCGAUGAUGACAACGAAACUGAACGUUUCAGCCAUCACACCUCGGUGGGUCAAGGUACUUGGAGUCAGCCUGGCAGUCGCCGUCGUGAUGAUGACACCAACUAUGAUGAUGUGAACAUGGACUUGAGUGAGGAGUCUCAGGGUGCCGAGUCGGAGCCGGAGCUGCCUCCCGCAGAGUCGUCAGCAGUGCGGCGUUGCCCCGAGCGUCCCGAACGCCUAAAACGUCCAAAUCGCCAGGAUUAUCCCGAUCGAUCAAACUCAGAUGACAGCCGUGAGCGAGAUCGCGAACGUGACCACGACCGAGACCGAGAACGCAAUCGUGAUCGCGACCGUGAUCAGGACCGCAAAGACCGACGGCGUGACUCACCGCCUCGGCCUCGACCAGAUCGAGAUCGCGAAGAACGUGAUAAGGAUCGCUCGCCGCGAAGGGAGGACCGGUACCAUAGAUCUGAUAGACCUGAACGAAGCCGCGGCACACACGAAGGUUCAUCACGUCGAGGUCUACUCGGAGACCGGCCUGAUGAAAGGAGCAGUGACAGUAAGGUACCAGCGUUGAUGGAUUUGAAGCCAUUCGGGGAUGAACCCCCACCAGGUUUAGGAAAAUCACAAGAUGCAAGGGACGCCGUUUCACCUAGAUUCGUUGAUCGCGAUCGCCGUGACCGCGACCGCGACCGCGACCGAGACCGCGAUCGUGAACGUGAACGUGAACGCGACAAGGAGAGGCACAGCCGACGUUCUGAGGAGCGAAGGUCUUCAGGACACAGACAUGGAGAACAUAGAUCAAGAUCUCGGGGCGCUGCCUAUCCGCCUCCCCCUUCACAUUCUAGCGAGAGGCGCGGGUCGCCUCCGUCGGGUGAUUACAGACCUUCUUCAUAUAAAGUCAACAAGAAGUUGGAGGUUAUGGAGAAAAUGGGACUCCAGAUAAAGACUCCAGAUGGAUCGAUGGCCACAGCGCAGCAGCUGCGCGCGGCCGCAAGCGAGACUCCAGCUCACAGCGGACUACCUACCUACUUCAACUCUGGCUCUAUGACCACAAACAAAAUCAUGGACCAGGUACAGAAGCGCAAAUUGUUAUGGUCAAAUAAGAAUAAAUCGGAGGCGGAAGAAGCCGCUAAAUGGAGUGGAACCCGUUUUGCGCAAGACUCAGACGGCAAGCAGGUGUCCAAGUUCAUGCGUCUGAUGGGUAUUAAAGAGCCAGCUGCGCUCAAGCCAUCAACACCCGAUGCAUCCGCAGACCCUAACAAGAAACAAGAGGAAUUAUUUCAGGCAAUGCAAGCACAGUAUGAAGUCGCACGGGCGACAACACAUACCAUGCGCGGCGUCGGUCUAGGUUUUCAACGCGGCCAGUUCUAA